GUUAGUAUAGUCAUAAACAAAUCUCUUGAAUUUUCAGAUGUUAAAAAUGUAUUGAUAUUCAUUGAAGCAAGUUUUCAAAAAUAGUUCAGUUCAAGAAAAUCUUUGAAACACAGCUCGAAUUCGCUUGUCAAGUGUCUCAUGCGCAACAUGUCCUCUAUCUCAUCCGAGUUCCUGUUUCCGGUAGGCCUCCUGACGGCAAGUGUCGUCACGCUAAGAAGAUAUAAGAUCCGCAAGUGGGGUAGGGUUACAGCCAAUUAUUCACUAAAGGGAAAGAUAUUUAUUAUAACGGGAGCCAACACAGGUUUAGGCUAUGAGACAACCAAAGCUUUAACUGCCAGACAGGCUACGACAAUUCUGGCCUGCCGAAAUUUAACCAAAGCCAAUCAAGCUAUUGAGAGAAUAAGAAAAGAAACCGAAGAAGGUGUUCUCAUACCAAUGCAAUUGGAUUUGGCAUCAUUCAAGUCCAUUCGUGAGUUUGCUUCUGAGAUUAAGAAUAAGUAUCCCGAUAUCUAUUGUCUGGUCAAUAAUGCCGGUUUGGCGGCUCGUGAUCCUGAGUUUACCAAUGAAGGCUUCGAAAUUCACUAUGGCGUAAAUCAUUUAGGUCAGUUUCUUUUGGUCGAUUUGCUAAAAGAACAUCUGAAAGUGAACCGCUCCCGAGUAGUCGUAGUUUCCUCUAGGAUGCACGAAAUUGACGCUGAAAUUGACAUAGAAAAUCUAGGCAAGUGGAUGCAACACGGAGGCCGUCUAAAUCGGUUGUACAACAAUUCCAAAUUGAUGAAUUUCUACUACGCCAGAGAACUAUACAAAAAAGGAUUCAACGUGCACGUUCUCUGUCCCGGAUUGUGCCACACGGACUUUUUCCGGCAUUACGAUCCAAAGUGGUACCACUAUCUACUGUUUUCACCGAUUGUUUGGCUAAUGCUUCGAUCCGCCGAGCAGGGUGCCCAAAAUAUCAUCUACUGUGCAACAGACAGCAUUACAGAUGAACAUCGUAAUCCCGUUACAGGAUACUUCGUAUCGAAUCUGCAGAUGCGGAAAUCCAAGUUUCACUUCGAUGAACAAACUUCCAUUCGAUUAUGGAAUGAAAGUAUGAUAGCCAUCGAAACAAGAAGCGAAAGAAGCUGAUCUGAUGUGAUGAACAGGGCUAUUUUAGAUAUGAUUUUAUCUUUGGUGGUAUUGGUUGUCUAACAUUGUUGUAUAAAGAAAAUUUCAAUUGCGGUGAUGGGAUAGAGGACAUCGUCGGUGCGAUAACUAUUGUUUGUGUUUUCGGACAACCUUAUUACAAAGAUUAUCAUAAUGUAGGAAAUGCUAUUCCGAUCAUGUCCACUUGAUAAAUUAAUUAACCAUGUCAUGUAACAAACCUACAAAGAUUAGUUUCCGGUGUCGGAUAUAAUACAUUUAUAUUAGGGCUAAACAUCAAGAGUAGAAAACCAAAAUCUCAUUUCCUAUUCUUGGUAAAUACGAUGAUAAGAAUCAGAUGAUCGAAUUUUUCAUUUACACCAGCCAAGAACUGAUACUCACGCAAUUGCACUUGCUAGGCAAUAACUUAUUACUUAGUCUUUAUACGAAACAUGGUUGUUUUGUGCAUGAAAAUCGACUUUACACUACAUUCCACCUGAUCAUUCAUUCAUAUUCGCGUAUUGCGAGGCAAAACACGAAGCAACUCUUUUUUAUAGCGUUUCCAUUUUCUACACUGGUGCUUUGCUCGCAUAUCAAGCCACAUGGAAAGUCCCAUCAGAAAGACACGAAAGUUCGAAGCGUUUUGUUUCAUAUUCGCAUAUUUCUCCCAAAUUCAUUGAAAAUAUUUAAAUGCUGUUCUCGCGCAGAGAAUAUUUGUUUUAAUGUGAGUUUUGAAAAUUAAUCAAGUUUUAUGUCUGGUUUAGUGUCGAAUACUCAUCUGUCUAAAAAUUAUUGUUCUCUAAUACCAUUGAGCCAUUUUGGUUAAGUUUGAAAAGUUAAAAGGCUCAAAUUAAAUUAUCGUUAUCAUUUCUUUCAUUUCACUGUAUAAGCUACUUGCAGUCAAUGGCCACUUCUAGUUCAAACAUUAGAAACUGUCAAAUGCAGGUAAUAAAUGAUAGUUUUUUCUUUACUUAUUUCCUCUUUCAAUGAUUACGGUGAUCUUGCCAUACAAAUCUUUACUUAGUGUAAUGACCAAAAACCACCAUAUUUCGUUUUAUAGUGGAGAAAUAACUGAACAACCAUCUCUAGCGUUUAUCGAGAAUAAAGGCCAGGUUCCUCCAAAAACCGUCUUAAUAAUUUAUUUAUUGCUUGAAAAGGCUGGCCAGAGACAAAACUGGAGGGCGCGGUUACGAAUAAAACUGACCUGCUUCUUUCACACUUCCGAAUAAAGGUGCUAUCUUCUAUACUAAAGUGUGAGUUAUUGACGACAAAUAUAUUCUACCACACAAAUAACGCUCAACAAAUGAGUGUCAAAAAAUACAUGAAACAAUGUUGUAGUUAUAUACUUUAUGUUUCGUCUUCGACUCGCCAGUACAUAACAGUUUAUGUUGAACUGUUUUAGUUGUUUUUUUUAUGUAGAUUAUACUCAGUGGAAGAAAACUUCGGAUAUUUCUUUUGGAAUAUUUUAAUGGUUCUAAAAACCGACUUGAGAAAUGUAUCCGAUGUCUACGGCUGUUGAGUACUUUUUGCUACCAUUUAUAUAUCCACAUCAGAACCUGAAUUCUGGACAUUCAGAAACUGGAUUAAAGUACUAACUACUGGCAUGGGAAUUCAGUUUUCAAUAACUCAGUUCAUGAAUUUAGUUCUAUAAUACUGAAACUGAACUCUUCUUCGGAAUUCAGCUUCCGAACCUGAAUUCAGUUCUAAAAUCUAGUUACCCAGCCCAAGUUCCGAGUUCAAUUCCAGCAUGCAGGUUCUUAAUUCUGAAACAGAAUUUAGGAAUUGAGUUCUGAAACUGAAUUCAGGAUUUGAAUUCUGAAACUGAAAUCAGGAAUUAAAUUAUGGUUCAGGAGUCAGUUCAAAAUUCUGGUACAGAGUUCAUAUCUAAAAUUAUGUUCCAGAAUUUCAGAUCUAGAAUUCAUAUCCUGAAUUUUAUUCCGGAAUUCGGAAGUUGAAUUCCUGAAUCUAAAUUCAACAUUCAUUCCCAGAAAUCUAGUUUCAGAAUCUAGAAUUGGGAUUCAGUUCUAGAGCCAUAGUUUUACCUUUUGAACCAGGGGUGGAAUCAUGUAAGGUGAUAAGUGACUAUCACCUCCUGGUGAUGAAGAGGUGAUCACCAGAAUGUUUGGAAUCACCGAAGGUGAGCACUUUUACUAUCACCAUCACCGGUGAUUGAGCCAACUUCACUCCAUUUAUCACCUGUCAAGAAACGUUAAUUUUUCAGGAGUAAAAUAUGAAUGUGGCGUAUACCGUUGAUAUUAGGAGGAGUAACAUAUGAAAGUAGCGUAUACCCAUAUAUUUUAAAAUCUAAAUUUUUAUUCCUAUAGUUUUCAAUCCUUUUCAUUAAUUCGAGUCAUGUUUAUCAAUGAUGAUUUGUAUGGAUCGAAGAGUAACGUUGAAAAAAAUUGCCUCGUGAGUAUGGCAAACUGCGCACAAACAAAUAAAAAAUUCACUUGUUGGUUUAUUUUGUGCCGAUUUUUAUUUUUCAAUGGAAAUCAAUGUCACAGUCAGUUCUUUGGGAUAAAUUUGCUAGAUUUGAAAUGAAUUGUUAGAUCUUCUUGUUGUUUCACAACGGAUGGCAUUCCUCUCGAAUGAGAAAGAUCCGUUCAAUAAUUUUGUGUAUUGUUUUCUUUCACUUUACGAUUAUAGCAUUUCACAGAGCUUUCGAAUGCUAGUUCCAUUUUGGUAAUUUUACCCACCGGUACUACGAAUAUCCACUAUGAUUACCUGCAACUAAUUGUCCAAAAAUAUUGCCUUAUUUAGUUCAACUCACAAGAAGAAAAUUAAGAACGCAGUUUAAUCUUUUUUACUCGUUCAGUUGAACGAGACUGAUAUGUCGCUCACUAAGUCACGGCCAUUUAAUUCUACUGAAAAUAUAGAAUAGAUUUUUUAUGUUAUUACGUUAUGUGUAACAGGAGAUGUCUACAUUCAUAAACUUAUCACUUUUCCAGAAAGCAAUUUAUCUUUGACUUUACGAAUUCCCCAAUGAUAUUCCUUCAAAUAAUAAUUAGCUUGAGCUUGAGCUUGAGCGACCACCCCUGGUUGCUACUCCGUUACUGAUCGGGAUUAGCUGAAAUUGUAUAGGGAGUUUCUAGAUGAUCCAUCCUGGGACUGGUAAAUCAUACUUCAAUGUACAUCUUCUGGUAAUCCCAGAAUUCAUUGAUCAGUACCGGCGCCGGCCAGGCCCGAACGUAGAUCGUCUAAGGAAUGGGAAGGGAUGUUAGUCCAACACUUUUUGUUACUAGAGGCCGUAUAUACUACUGCGCACUCCACAAGUGUCACGGGAGAAUGAUAUUUGUUAGUAAAAAUUUCAGUAUUGGUAUUAUUCGCGGGCGACUUAGUAUGUUCCGGUUUCAAGAUGCUCGGAUGUAACACUAAACUCAUUGACUUCCCGAGUGAACGUUUCAACAAUAUCCUAAAUUGAAGUCCCGGCAUGUCUCGAUUCACAGCUCUUAUUCGAGAAAACUGAAGAAAAAUUUGAAAUACUAUCGCGUAAAGAAUGAAAACUUCCCUAUUUUUAUAUAAGAAAUUACGCGAUACAAAAUAAACGAGUGAAUAGGAUUUAGACAAAAUAGUUGAUUCAUUGCAUUGACAUAUUCUAAACAGUUGUUAUAAAAUCAUUUUAAAUCACCAAAUAAAGGUCAACAGAUUUCACGCGCGUCUUUAUUUAUUAUCUAUUGUUCUUUAUUAAUUCUUUAUAUUGGUUGAUCUGGGCAGCCGGCUACCAAGAAAAAUAUUAAUUUAUUUUUUGAAAUAUUAAUAUCAAGUGUUUUUUACUACGUGUUCAAUAUUGUCUCUGUUAUUAACUUUGUAAUAUCAACGGAUUUGCGCAAUAGUUAAAGAUUAUUUAUUUAUUUAUCAUUCAAUUUAUAAUCCUGACAGACAAUCAAUAACAUGGAAGAAGAAAACAUUCCACAUUCCAAACUUUUUUUCAAAGUUAGACGGAAAUUGAUAGGUUGAAUGAAGAGAUAAUUUAGUAAAAUUGAGUAAUCAGAAGUAAAACAUUGAAAAUAUCUGAUAACUGAAAGGAAAAAGAAACUCCUGCAAUUAUCGCCUUUUACGACAUGGAAGCAGGAACCCAGUGGAUCUAUUCUUGGUUCAGUUUUUUUCCGCCGGAUUCCACACGGCAUCUAGGCUGAUACUGUCCGGAGAGAGCUAAUAGGUACUAUCAAUCUCCUAGUGGACCCCAGCCCCUUGAUAUUCCUUCAAAUAAUAAUUACAACAUAAAUGAAUUGAUUUAAUUGAUAAAUACUACCGUUCAUUCUAUGAAUUCUUUCAACUAUAUAAACUAAGUUACUUUUCAUUUUGGUAUUUAAUUUUGACACAAAAUCAGUACGAAAUUUAUUAAAAAAUUAUCCUCUUCGACCAAUAUUGGUAGGUUAUGUUUAUAUCAGUGGCUUAAAAUUCACCUAACGGACAAUAAUUUAUAAAGCCACUUCUCAAAAAAUCAAAUCACUACUAAAAGUGAUAACUAAAUUGCUAUCACCUCCAUUUUGACAUGAAGGUGAUUAAAUCGUGGUGACUAUCACCUUACGUAAUGCCAACGUUUGAUAGUGAUGUUAGCCUUUCAGCAGUGGUGACACAACUUGGUGAUUAUCACCUUACAUGAUUCCAAAUUUCCAAAAGUGAUAAUCACUUGGUGAUAAUCACCUUACAUGAUUCCACCCCAGUAUUCUGAAACUAAAUUCUGAGACUGAUAUCUGAAAUUAAAUUCUAAACUUUAACUAAGUUCAGAAUUCGGGUGGACCAGAACCCAGGUUAAGAAAUUCAAUGUCAAAAUUCAGUUUUAGAUUUCAGUUUCAGAAUCCAAUCCAAAUGAUGCCUUACAUCUCGCAGAAGGUCUGUUUUUGCUGCUGCUGUUCAAAGUUUCUCACCACGAUUUCCUGUCCCGUCUAACGUACAAGAAAAAAUGAUCGAUUAUCGUCCAUAGUUCGCCAUUUAUUCUCGUUAACUACAUUCGGAACUGAGACUACCUCAAAACCGUCGUCCGAGUGCUAAAAAGACAUGCCCGCGUUACUAGUUUAUUGUUUCCAAAAGUUUGAGCAAACUAAAUGUUUAAGUUAUUCAUGGUUAUGCCACAUUGUUGAAAAUUUAAUCCUAAAUUGCUGAUCAUAUCUCCGAUCAUGCUAUCAAAAUUAGAUUAUUUCGUUUAGUACAACUCGAAGUAUUCACGAUUAAGUUCUACCCAUACUUUUACAGGGCAAAUUUUGAAAAGGUGCUAUUACGGCGUAUCCACGUCAAAAGUAUUUCAAAAUUAAACUUUUUGCGGAUAAAAGUACGUAUAUUGAACUGGAUUUUUUUAAAUGAAGACAAACACGAGAAAAGGUCCUAAGUGAAAAUGAGAGUUUCUUUUUGUUUACUUUCUCUUUCGAUUAUUACGGUCCUAUCGGUAAUCCUUCUCUCUAACUUUUUAAAUAAAUUAACGACUGAAACCAUCGACCUUCGAUCUGUAGUUAAGAAAUCGUUGAAAAAUACAAGGAUAUGCCGUAAUAACUGAAAGAGAAAUUGAACAAAGAGAAUCUGUCAGUUGCACUUGGGACCUUUUCUAAUGUUCAUCGAAAAAUAUCGUAGCUUUAAAAACAGCUACCCAAACUCAUUCGAUUUGAUGAUUGGUGGCACCAUUUCUUGAAAUAGAAUCAUCUGAAAGCAAAAAAGUGAAACAGUUUUAUAUUCUGUAUUAAAUUGCCUCUGGUCGGUUAAUAUUUUUUUAAAUAACAACAACAAUAUAUUUUGUUGUAAUACGGAGCUCAAGAUAGAGAUGUAAAUGUGGCAACACUGAUUCGAAUAAAUGCUCCAUAAUUCAUUUAAAUAGACAAAAGAAUUCAUGUUUCUCAUCUCUCAUGCCUGCAUAUCUUAUAGUUCACUUGUUCGUUAUCGGCAUCUGUUCGGGACCUUUCCUGAUUGCAUGCACUAACAACAGACAAUAGACAUUCAAGUAAAGAUCUUAAUGUGUGUAAGAAAUUUAACGGUUAUUUUCAAAGUGAUUACCAAGUAAGAAUUCGCCUAUAGAGGCGCUUUGAGCAGUCCAUCAAUCGCUUAUGGGCUCUUGCGUCCGAGCUUGCAUAAUUCAUAAGUGCAAAAUCGCACGCAACAGUUUUUUUAACGAAUAUUUUACACAGUUUUUUUUUAAAUUGUUCGUAUGAGCUUGAAUGUUUGUUCUCUGUGCACUAACUACUACAGUUUUGAUAGUCAUGUGGAUGCAAUGCUGUCAGCGAAUUUACUGCAUACUACACAAAUUUAGUUUUCUCGUGAAUAUUUAGGAAAGUAAAUUGUUAUGUUUACCAUUGACAAUAGGUUACUCAUUCUAUAGUUCCGCUUAGAUUAUCAGUAAGAGCACGAAUAAUCAUAAUUAUUAGUAAUAGCACGGUUACGCAAACAAUAACUAUUAUUCGAAAGAAAUACCAUGUCCAAAAUGUAUAAUUCCAUUCCUUCGGAAAAUGUUCAAUAAAUCAUAUCGCAUGAACUCGACAACAUUAA